CCCAGGCUUGCAUCUUCGAAAACUGAAUGCAAUGUUGAAUAAUUGCUGUGUCAACCUCCGCAGAAUUCGAAUUACCUUAUUUAAAGAGGCUGUCAUAACAUACGAGAUACCCUGAGACUAAUUGCGAAGGAAGUCCCUAUCAAAAACAAGAAUUACCCGUUAGUCAUAGAAAGCCGCCAAAAAAAGGGAAAAAAUCAUGCCAGACGGGGGAGGUUGGAGUACCAUCGAGUCAGACGAGGGAGUUUUCACUUCAUUGAUAGAAAAUCUGGGCGUCAAGGACGUCCAGUUCGAAGAGCUUAUAUCCCUCGACGCAGACACAAUCAGAUCAUUAAGCCCCGUGUACGGCGUAAUCUUCCUCUUCAAAUGGGCCAGCGGCCAAUCGCGCAACUCCGACGUCCCGCAGGACGGCACGUACGACCGCGAAGCAACAGACAACGGGCUCUUCUUCGCCGCCCAAACGAUCCAGAACGCCUGCGGCACGCAGGCCGUCCUCUCCGUGAUCCUCAACCAAGACUCCGUCCUCGCCGGCCACCCCCAGCAAUCGCAAGCAGGCAUCGGCAUCGACAUCGGGCCCGAGCUCCGCGCCUUCAAGGACUUCACGACGGGCUUCCCUCCAGACCUGCGCGGCGAGGCGCUGAGCAAUUCUGCGCUCAUCCGCAACUCGCACAAUGCCUUUGCGCGCGCGUCGCCGUUCGUCGAUGAAACGUCGCGCCCGCCGGUUUCGGAAGAGGACGCGGAGCUCUACCAUUUCAUAGCCUAUACGCCGUUCAAUGGUGUUUUGUAUGAGUUGGAUGGGCUGCAGCCGUUCCCUAUUAGCCAUGGACCCUGCGAAGAAGGCGCGUUUCCAGAAAAGGCUAUUGAGGUCCUGCAGAGGAGAAUUGCGAGGUACCCGGAGGGGGAGAUCAGGUUUAAUCUGAUGGCGGUGGUGAGGGAUUUGAGAGUGAAGGCGCAUGAGAUUGGGGAUGUGGAGAUGUUGGAGAGGGAGAAGAGGAAGAGAAGGGCCUGGGAAUGGGAGAAUGCACUGAGGAGGUGUAAUUUUGUCGGGUUUAUUGGGGAGGUGGCGAAGGGGGUGGUGGAGAUGAAGCUUAAGGAGGGUGAGGACGGCUACAAGAAGUGGGUAGAGGGGGCGAAGAAGGAGACGCAGCGGAGGCUGGAAAUGAGAAGAGGAAGAGGAGGUGGGGAUGACUUCGAGUAGGGCAGGGUUUAAGGAGAACAGUAUGAUUUGGCGGCGCCCCCAGCUUUUCUCAUUGAGAUCAUUACCCGUAUAGAUAGCGAUAUGGUUCAUUUUCUUGAUGUUUCCAUAUUCCCCUUUUAGCGUUUUCAUGGAUUUCAUGCUCUACGUGGGAAUACGAGGAAUAUAUGUUGGUUAACAUGAAGCUUAGCGCUUUCUCUCCCUCACCUCCUAAAAGCCAUUUCCAAGGAU